AAGAACUCUUUCUCUCUCUCUCUGCAACUUCCUCUCUGCUGGCAGUUGAGGGAGUCUUUCUACAAAGAAUUUUGUGAAUCAUUUUGUUUUUGCAAUUGCCAGCAUUGCACUGCACAUGGGAAGGCAUUCUUGCUGUUAUAAGCAGAAGUUAAGAAAAGGGCUUUGGUCUCCGGAGGAAGAUGAGAAACUUAUACACCACAUAACAAAACAUGGACAUGGCUGCUGGAGCUCAGUUCCCAAACUAGCCGGUCUUCAAAGAUGUGGAAAGAGCUGCAGAUUAAGGUGGAUCAAUUACUUGAGGCCCGAUUUGAAAAGAGGGACAUUUUCACCGGAGGAAGAAAAUUUGAUAAUUGAACUGCAUGCAGUUCUAGGCAACAGGUGGUCUCAGAUUGCAGCUCAAUUGCCUGGAAGAACAGAUAAUGAAAUAAAAAAUCUUUGGAAUUCUUCCAUUAAGAAAAAACUGAGGCAAAAAGGGAUUGACCCUAAUACACACAAACCACUUUCUGAAGUUGAGGAAUUGCAGCAUGAUAAAGGAAAUCCAUCUUCUGUUGGCUUCGACCAUGAAUUUUUCCUCAACAGGUUCGUUGCUAGCCAUGAAACCUCAACCACAAGUUGUAGGAAUUCUGAUUUGCCAGGGCUUCUCUCUUUCCAGCACUUAAGUUAUGGUCCCAACACAACAAAUUUGUAUUUCAAUUCAAAUUCCACCACUUCUUCAAUGUCUUCGAACCCAGUUCUCCCCUUGAUUGUUGAGCCAUCAACGAUUAUAAAGCCUACCAUGAAUCCGCCUUUAGAUAAUUCCAUAAGCCCUUUCGGUUUAAACAAGUUUCAGAAUAUGGAUUUCUUUGAGAAUAAUAUUUUUUCAUGGGGAAGGGGAAAAUCAGAGAAAUUAGAAUCUCAUAUUCAUUCAUCGGAAGAUGAUAUUCCACAAGAUAUCAAGUGGAAUGAGUAUCUCCAGACUCCAGUUUUACUGGACAAUUCUAUUCAGAAUCAAACACAUUUUGCAACAGAAGAUUCAGUAAGUUCUGAUAACUGGCAUUCAAAUCAGCUGCAAAAACCAUUACAAUCUGCAGAAAUAUACAGCAAGCAUUUUCAAAUGCUUCCUGCCUCAUUUGGACAGUUUUCUUAGGUUAUUUUUCAACUCCCCAAAGGCUGCUAAUUCAACAGGCAUGUGCUUAUUAUAGAGUUUGAUUCUUAUUUUGUAAAAAUACCGAGUAAGUGAUAUUCACAGGGCCGAGACCACCCCUCGAUUAAGAGCUUCCGCAGCCCGUUGACCAAAAUGAGGGUCCUAAAUUGCAUGAACAAUAGGCCGUACAUGUAAAGGGUCCUCUACACAUGAUUCAAAAUUUCCUUGCUAUGUUAAAUGAAACAGGUUUUCAGAAGUCUACAAAAAAUUAUUGCUAAUUGAUCGAAGUGAGAAGAAAAAAGCAUGGAACUAUAUACAUGGACUUCUAAGCUUCUUGAUACCAGUAUUUUGAUAGAAGAACUUGUUCCUGUUUCAAUUUCAGUUCAUCUGUUUGUGUAUGGUUUAUUAAAAUAUAAAGUCUUGUUUAGUUUUUCUUCUC